AUGCCUCCGGCCCGAAGUCUCCGUACGCGAGGUACCAUGAACGAGAAUGAUGAGAACGGACCAUCGACGCGUCUGACACGGGCGAAGGCCGCCGCUCUGUCAGCAGAAAACGUUCCAGCCUCCAACACAGUCGCGAAGAAGCCCCUUCAGACCAAGAAAGCAGCCACAAACUCCACGACUACUGGAACACAAAGAAGACGUGCUGCCCUCGGAGACGUCAGCAAUGUCACAAAGGCCGAAAAUGGUGAAACCAAGGAAACGAAGAAAGCCGCAGCAGGCAAGGUCGGUCUGACAUCGAAGGCUACCUUGCAGGCUGGCGGCGGUGUUCAGAAGCUCAGCCGCAACAACUCGUCGCGUACAGCUCUAGGCGCCAAAGAUAACAACGCGAAGAAGCCCACAACAGAAGGAAAGCGCCCCGGUAGUGGCUCUGGCGUCAGCAGCUCACAGAUGAAGCGUACAUCCAGCCAAAAAUCGGUACAAGAGAAAACCCUUCAGACCGAGGAACCACCACGCAAGAAAGUCGAAUUGGAGAAGAAGGGUAUCGAGAAGAAGGCAGCCGUCGAAAAGGUCUCUACAGUGAAGGAACCCCUUGUCAUCCCUGCUGAGGUGGACACUGUGAAGAAGACUGACGAUGUUGUCGAUGAUCUGGAUACUGAGGAUUUGGAUGAUCCACUCAUGGCCGCUGAGUAUGUGGUGGAGAUCUUCGAUUACCUGAGAGACUUGGAGUUGGAAACAUUACCCAAUCCUCACUACAUUGACCAUCAACCCGACCUUGAAUGGAAGAUGCGUGGCAUUCUUGUCGACUGGUUGAUCGAGGUCCACACUCGCUUCCGUCUCCUUCCCGAGACCCUUUUCCUUGCCGUGAACCUCAUCGACCGCUUCCUUUCCGCCGAGGUCGUUGCACUUGACCGCUUGCAAUUGGUCGGAGUCGCUGCUAUGUUCAUUGCCUCCAAGUAUGAGGAGGUUCUUUCUCCCCAUGUGGCCAACUUCAGCCAUGUUGCGGACGAGACAUUCACAGAUAAGGAGAUUUUGGACGCUGAGCGUCAUAUUCUUGCUACGCUCGAGUACAACAUGAGCUAUCCCAACCCUAUGAACUUCCUUCGGCGCAUUUCCAAAGCGGACAACUACGACAUCCAGACUCGUACCCUCGGCAAAUACCUGAUGGAGAUCAGCUUAUUGGAUCAUCGUUUCAUGUGCUACCCUCAAAGCCAUGUUGCCGCAGCUGCUAUGUACCUUGCCCGUCUAAUCCUGGAACGUGGCGCUUGGGACGCAACUCUGGCACACUACGCUGGGUAUACCGAAGAAGAAAUCGACCCUGUUUUCCGAUUGAUGAUUGAUUACCUUCACCGUCCUGUCUGCCACGAAGCAUUCUUCAAGAAAUACGCGAGCAAGAAGUUCCUCAAGGCUUCCAUCCUUACCCGGCAGUGGGCUAAGAAGUAUCACCACAUGUACAUCGACAGCGCACUGACAGAGCCGUACAACUUCAUCAAAGAGACCGAAUAG